CAGCUUUUUGUUGCCCAGCUUGGAGCCUUACACCAUGAUUCUCUCCCCCGGAGUUUGGUUCGGCCAUGGUGCGGCCAUUCGCACAGCGCAGCCUGCGCAGCCGGUUGCACCUUUGCGCUGCGGCUCCACUUUGCCGACAAGGUGUCCAUGGCCUUUGCUUUGGAGCUUUGGGGUUGGCGGAGUGCUUGGCAGCCGGAGGAAUCAGGAGAGGUGCCGGCUUUGUCGACGAAGCCUACCUGCUGGAAAGGAAGUGGAGGUGGAUUUCAAGGGCCACCGUGUUCGCUGCGUGACAUGCGCCGGCAGUGUCUCAAAGCCAGACAUUGUGCUGGUGCAUGGAGCGACCGGGGUCAGUUUGGUGUCAAAGCAAUUGGACUGGCACUCUUCGAUGAGAAGACUAGAAGCUUCAGAAGCUCAUCGGACGAGUCAGAAGCGUAUGGAUCAGUGUGUUAUGAAUGCAUGCAGCUUUGAGAUUAUUGGGCGUUUCCAUCUAGAGGUUGCGAAGGUUGUGAUGGUCUCGCAAGUUGCAGGAUUCGGCGGCUCAAUCGAGUAUUGGCGACGGUUGAUCCCAGCAUUGUCGGCAGAGGGCUACACUGUCCAUGCCUUUGACCUCUUGGGGCUGGGCCUAUCUGAGAAACCGUCCACAGAGUACAGCAUUGAACUCUGGGCUGAGCAGGUCACUGACUUUGUUUCGAAGUUGGAGAAGGAUGUGGUCUUGGUGGGUAACUCCUUUGGUAGCCUGAUUUCCUUGGUCUCCGCCACGCAGCGACGCCCCAAGGGGAUUGUCAUGCUGAAUUGCGCAGUGGGCAUGAACAACAAGAACAUGGUCAAGUCGCCCAAGAUGAAUGAUUUGCAAAGACUGGUCGCCACACUGAUUUUGGGCCUGGUGGAUCUGAUUUUUCGAUCGCCAAUCCUGGACAUGGCCUUUGAGUCUUUUGCAACAAAAGAGCAGGUCGCCGCUGUGCUCAAAAACUUAUAUCCUACGAACCCUUCUGCAGUGGAUGAUGAGCUGGCAGAAGGAUUUGUGAGACCUGCUGGAACACCUGGAGCACUUGAGGUCUUGCGUCAGAUCUACACCGGAGAUCCGGGCCCGACGCCCAUGGAGCUCUUUGCCAAGGGAUUUCCUAGCGAUCUCCCGCUGAAGGUGAUAUGGGGUGAUCAAGACAACUUGACGCCCAUCAAAGGAGACGUGGGCAGCUUUUUCACGGAGCUUGCCAAGGAGCGAAAGACCAUCGACUUCGAGAUCAUUUCAGGUGGUCAUUUGCCCCAUGACGAGAACCCGCAGGCCGUGAACAAGGCAGUGUUAUCUUGGCUUUCUCGGGAACCUUGGACCUCAGGUAGCUAAGUGGCAAAUGCGUCCUGAGAUGGUGCCAGUGCCGCUGCUGCCCUUUUGAAGCAGCUGUGUGCAAGAAACGUGGACAGGAAAAGCAGAGCUGGUCCUGCCGUUACGUUUGAUAACUUCUACGAUUCUACUAGACACCUU